AUCACACCCACCAGUUGGCCAUCAAGCCGAUUGUUUUCCCCAUCAAAUCCAUCACCCCCCACAACAACACCAACUUUUCUCAUCGUCAUCAUCACUUUUCUGCAUCAUCACAAUGGCUCGCACCAAGCAGACCGCCCGUAAGUCCACUGGUGGCAAGGCUCCCCGUAAGCAGCUCGCGUCCAAGGCUGCCCGCAAGUCCGCCCCCUCCACCGGAGGUGUCAAGAAGCCUCACCGCUACAAGCCUGGUACCGUCGCUCUGCGUGAGAUCCGUCGCUACCAGAAGUCCACCGAGCUGCUCAUCCGCAAGCUCCCCUUCCAGCGUCUGGUCCGCGAGAUUGCCCAGGACUUCAAGUCCGAUCUCCGUUUCCAGUCGUCCGCCAUCGGUGCGCUGCAGGAGUCCGUUGAGUCCUACCUUGUCUCCCUCUUCGAGGACACCAACCUGUGCGCCAUCCACGCCAAGCGUGUCACCAUCCAGUCUAAGGACAUCCAGCUUGCCCGCCGCCUCCGUGGUGAGCGCAACUAAGCUGCCUAAUGGGUGGUGCCUUUUCUGAUUGCGCGGGUUUGGGACGGUUUACGAUGAUUUUUUCAGCAAUGCUCGGUUGACGAUGGUCAUAUCCACACGGGAAGGGUCUACAUUGGCGUUCACGAUGCGUUGCUUUCUGGUUGGGUUGUACAUUAGAUUCUGCAGCUAAUGGGAUGCUGCCCCGAACUGAACAAGGGAACUUUAUGAUCACAAC